AUGACUGAACUAUCCAUUACUAAAGGUGAUUUGGGGGACCUCAACAAAAAGGUCGCAAUCGUAACUGGCGGUGCCAGCGGCAUUGGGAAAGCAAUCGUUGAACUUCUGACUGAACAUGGCACUAUCGUGGCGUUCGGAGACACCGACCGUGCGGCCGGCGCAGUCGUGGAAUUAUCAUUGAAGUCUGCGGGAAAGAACGCCAAGUUCAUCUACGCAGAUGUUACCAGUUGGACCAGCCAAGUUUCCUUUUUUUCACAGGUGAAGCAGGAGUAUGGCCAAAUUGAUCUGGUUUUUGCGAAUGCCGGUAUAGGAGAGAAAAACACCGUGUUUACAGACAUAUUUGAUUCGGAUUGCUUCCUUACGCCUCCAGACUUGACAGUCAUCGACGUCAAUUUGAGGGGUGUAAUUUACACAACGAAACUAGCCCUUCACCACCUGAAGCAAAAUGACCCUCCGGGAGGCAGCCUUGUUUUGACAGGAUCAACAUCCUCCUACAACGAGCGUCCCAACUUGCCACUAUACUCGACGGCAAAGCACGGCGUAGUUGGUCUUAUGCGAGCCGUCCGUCAUAGGGCUCCUGAAAGUAAUAUCAACGUUGGAUUAAUUGCCCCGGGCGGAACGAUUUCAAAUCUUUUCCCUCGACAAGCAGCCGAAGCGUUCAGAACACAGGGUGUUCCCGUCAAUGAGCCGGGUAGCGUGGCCCUGGCGGCUGCUUACCUAGCAAGUAGCAGUGAAACAAAUGGGCAGGGGAUCACUAUUAUUGGGAACAAAUUUACAGAAGUUGAGGAUAGCAUUACGGAGACGCAGCAUCUAUGGUAUGGAGCGUACAACACGGAUAUGGUUCGGAAGGUGGCAAGC